AUGGACUGGUACGAAAUUAAAUUAAAUGAGAGCAGGGAAAGGAAAAGGAAGAGAUCUGGAGGAGAAGGUUAUCCUCCUCCGUUUACGGCGGUAAUCAAACCGUGGGAGAAGGUGGAGACUCCAAUGUGGAGCUGCUGUGUCGCUCUUGGCUCAACCAUUUACAGUAUUGGAGGUUGUAAUAACAUCUAUGGCUAUUACUCUGAAGAAGUCCGUGCCGCCGAUAUGUCAUCGAGGCAGUUUAGGUUUGUUGAUCCGAUGAACGCUGCGAGGUGGUACCCUCAUGCAGUCACCGCUGAUGACAAGAUCUAUGUCUUUGGCCGUCUCAACGGUAAAGGUCCAGAGAUAGAGGUUUUCGACCCAAUCAACAAUAUGUGGGAAAUUAUCACUCCACCUCCACAUCCAAUUCCGUCUCUUAAGUACAAAAAGGAUCUUGUCAAAAAGGAUUAUCUGUGCUUCGAUCCGCACCAAAUGCCUCCUUGCCUGUGA